GAAACACCUAUUAAUACACUUUAGAAGGAAUAGUUGAAAGUGUCCCUAAGAAGCAGAACCAUUGUUCCCCAUGAGUCAAAAUAGGAAAGUGUCCAAAUUGUUCCAUUAGCCGAUGUGUCAUUUAAGAAAUAAGGAGAGGGCGAUUCUGAGUUUUCAAGUUUGCUUCCAAGUAUUUUGAGUUUGCUAAAACCUGGAGACUUUUGUUUUAUUCCAAUCUUUAUCAUCACUAUUAUGUUCUCCAGUAAUUUGUCUGAAGUUAAUGAUGGGAAACCAAACAUCAGUGAGGGAGUUCAUCCUUCUUGGAUUGACAAGUGACGCCAAGCUUCAAGCUGUGAUUUUCCUUUUUCUGCUCUUAACUUACAUUUUAAGUAUCACAGGAAACUUGACCAUCAUCUUUCUGACUCUGCUGGAUUAUCGCCUUCAAACUCCGAUGUAUUUCUUCCUCCGGAAUUUUUCCGUUUUGGAAAUAUCUUUCACCUCCGUCUUUGUUCCCCAGAUGUUAGUCACUAUUGGAACUGGAAACAGGACCAUCUCCUUUGCUGGUUGUUUCGCUCAGUAUUUUUUUGCCAUCCUUCUGGGAGCAACCGAAUUUUACCUUUUAGCUGCCAUGUCUUAUGAUCGCUACAUUGCCAUUUGCAAACCCCUGCAUUACACAGCUAUAAUGAGCCGAAGACUCUGCUUUCAACUUGUGCUGUGUUCCUGGUUCUCUGGUUUUUUAGUCGUCAUUGUGCCACAUGCAAUGACUCUCCAGCUGCCUUUCUGUGCCUCCAACAUCAUCAAUCAUUAUUGCUGUGACUAUACUGUACUGUUGCAUUUAUCCUGUUCAGACACACAUUUAAUAGAAGUGAUCGAGUUUGUCCUUGCUUCCGUUACCCUCGUCUUCACCUUGAUGCUAGUGAUUCUUUCCUACACAUACAUUAUCAGGACAAUUCUGCGAAUCCCCUCUGUUCAACAAAGAAAAAAAGCUUUUUCUACAUGCUCCUCUCACGUGAUUGUGGUCUCCCUUUCUUAUGGAAGCUGCAUCUUCAUGUAUAUAAAUCCCUCUGUAAAGGAUGCAGCCACUUUUAAUAAGGGAGUGGGUAUCAUAAAUACCUCUGUUGCUCCUCUCUUGAACCCUUUCAUCUAUACACUACGGAACAAGCAAGUGAAAAUGGCCUUCAGAGAUAUGGUCAGUAAAUAA